AUGGCGACAUUAACAAAUUCGUUUCCGCUUUCAAGUACAGCAAACGCAAUCGCCAUUCCAGGAAAACCAGACCCUCUGCAAAUCAACUUCGAACAACUGAACCGUAAUGUGUCUGAUAUUCAGAUUAAUCUAGCCGACUUGGGUAUAUCUCCCAAAGAUGUCGUUUCAAUAGUCAUGCCCAACUCUUACGAGUUUAUUGUUUCGUUUUUGGCAAUAACUCGACAGAGAGGAAUUGCUGCUCCUCUAAGUCCAGCUUACAAACAGCAUGAGUUUGAAUUCUUUUUCAGAGAUUCUCAAUCAAGCUUGAUUCUUGUUCCACAAGGAUGUUUCGAUCACAACGACCAUGUGAUAAAGGCAGCCAAGGCGUGUCACACAGCGAUAGCUGAGUGUGCUUUGGAUGGUGAAACUGUAACAUUACAGAUCAAGGAACUUGGAGCGUUAAAUAAGAGAAAGCAGCAGAGAAUUGAAACCGUAGAGCCGGAGGAUAUUGCGCUUCUCCUUCACACGAGUGGAACUACUAGCACUCCUAAAGCUGUUCCCUUAACGCAUAGAAAUUUGACUCGAACCAUGUACAACGUUCGAGCGACGUACCAACUGUCACCAUUGGACUGCGGAUUUCUCGUCAUGCCGCUAUUCCAUGUCCACGGACUAGUUGCUGGCCUUCUUGCUCCCUUAUCAGCCGGUGGUUCGGUAGUCGUGCCCCCGAGAUUUUCUGGUUCUGAGUUUUGGACAGACUUCGUUGCAUGUCGAGCAAACUGGUAUACUGCGGUUCCUACCAUCCACCGCAUCUUGCUUCAAGUCCCACAGCCAGAUCCAAUGCCAACUAUCCGCUUCAUUCGCUCAUGCUCUGCACAUCUCUCUUCUAAAACUCUUCAAGAAAUGGAAUCAACGUUUAGAGCCCCUGUCCUGGAAGCAUACGGCAUGACGGAGGCGGCGCACCAAGUGUGCAGCAAUCCACUACCACCAGGAAAACGAAUUAUGGGCAGUGUAGGCAUCGAACAAGGCGUGAGUGUGAAGAUUUUGAAUGAUAACGGUGACGAGGUUCCGCAUGAACAAGAAGGAGAGAUAUGUGUGAAAGGAGAGAACGUAACACAAGGAUAUGUGAAUAACCCCCUGGCCAAUCGCUCAGCUUUUACGGCCGACGGGUACUUCCGCACUGGUGAUCUAGGGAAGAAGAGUUCGGAUGGCUAUAUAUCUAUUACGGGCCGCAUUAAGGAACUUAUUAACAAGGGAGGUGAGAAAAUUAGCCCUGCUGAGCUGGAUAGUGCGUUGAUGAACCAUGCCGAUAUUGCGGAGGUGGUCACAUUUGCUAUCCCGGACCCGGGUCACUAUGGUGAGGAUAUUGGAGUGGCAGUUGUUCCUAAAGAGAAACAACAAAUAUCGGAAGAGUCGAUAAAAAGAUGGAUGAUAGAGCAAGUUGUCAAGUUCAAAGUGCCAAAGAAGGUGUGGAUUAUUGAUGAACUUCCAAAAUCUGCGACGGGAAAGCUCCAACGUCGAAAGAUUGCGGACAGAAUAUUAACUGGUGAACUUCUAUUCAUGAAGCAGGUUGCAUAG